UAGCACUAGCACAGGCUACAUUACAAGGAGGCAGCUGGUGAAUAGGAGCAGAGUGGGAGAGAGACAUUGCGCUAACACAGGAAUAAAACAAAAGAAAGCACGCGAUGGAAUAAAGCAGGACAGCGCUGAGUUGCUCGCUUUCUCUCUACCAUCUGACGCCGGCUGGAGGACUUUGUUUCGUGUGAUUUUGUGCUCCGGUCACUGCGAUACAACAAUUGAAAAUGCGCCUGGCAGUUUGAACUGUGAUGGGGAGAGAUCGUGUCGUUAUAAGGUUGGAUAUUGAUCGCCUCGGCCGUCUGCGUCGACUCCUGCAUGCUUAAACUUCACCGGUAUGGUGUGCUGGGUGAUUUAGUGAGGAUAUACCUUUUAUAAACAACAGCCGAAGCGAAUCCGUGUCGGCUAGCUCGCUAGCGACUGUUAACUUAGCAUUGGCAUUAGCCUGCUCCUCAUGGUGGACAUUUAAAUACACCUCAAGUGGAAUUAUCGUGGCAGUUACAGGAAAGUGUUGGUUUUAUGUGGAAAUUACUCGAACGGCUUGAAAUUGCUUCCCCAAAAGAGCUUGUUCUCUUGAGCUGCGUUUAUAACUUUGUCAGAAACUAUACUCCAGCAAUGAAUCACCACGAACGAUCCGGAGACUCCGGCAGCGCCCGAAAAAUGGUUUACCCUAUGAGUUUACCCAGACGGGAGAACAGCAGCAGCACAGUAGGUGGUUCCUCUACAUUGACAACUUCAGCAAGCACCAGCCUUAAUAGCAACAACUUGAUGCUGGCGGAUGAAUAUUCCCCAGUUCAGUCUCAAACGCAGACUGCGUCCUCGCUCGGGCCCCAGAACCCUCCGCAUAGCCUGAGUAUCCCCUUGCAGACACCCAUGUUAGCCCAAACGUUGCCCACUGCUGUUGCACAGAUGAAGAAGAAGAGUGGCUUUCAGAUCACCAGCGUUACCCCGGCGCAGACAUCUGUGAGCACCAACAACAGCAUUACAGAAGACACCGAGAGUUGUGACGACCUGGAUGAGUCCCACACAGAGGACUUGUCAUCCUCGGAGAUCAUGGAUGUGUCACUUCCACGGGGUAACAAUGCAGGAGGACCGGAAAGAAGCUCCUCUGAGGAGACGCUGAAUAACUUUCACGAGGCGGAGACCCCUGGUGCCCUGUCACCCAACCAGCCGCCCAUCAUAACCCAAGCACACCUACACGGCACUAUGGUUAACGGAACUGUUCACCACCACCAUCACCACCACCACCAUCAUCACCAUCAUAAUACCGUUUCCUCUGGAAAAACCCAUCCUGCAGGAGGGACGAUGAUUGGGGUACCUUUGGGUGCCCCGGCCACAUCAGUGGUGACCUCAAGUUCUGCUAGCACAGGCCAGAAAAUGCCUUCAAAUGUGGUGGGAUUGAUUGAGAAUGCCUCUGUUGGCACAACUAGUGUCAUCGGACAGCCUUUGGCUACUCUCGCCUCUGGAACUGGAGUGAUUUCUGUGACUUCAGGUGCCACGAUUAGUACUGGUAAUCCUUUAACAAAUAAUGUUUCUGUGUUAAACUCCACCAGUGUGCCUGCUGUGGGUGGCAAGACUACCAAUAGUAGCAGUGUAAACUACUCCUCUGCUUUGAAUAGUAUUAGUAACCAAACCCCAAACUUGACACACAUUCCCAGUGGAAUAAUCGGCAUUGGCAUCACCGCUGCUGCCACAGUUUCUGGUGGUGUUGCGUCAACAGGUGGAGGGCAAUUGGGGCCAGCUGUCAUGGGGCAGCAUGCAAUGCCUGCACCCCCUGUCCCAGUGAUGAGCACUCAGCCUCAGCAGGCCCAAGUGCCUGCUCCUGCCUCCACCAGCUCACGUUUCAGAGUGGUCAAAUUGGACUCUACCUCUGAGCCUUUUAAGAAGGGUAGAUGGACCUGUACAGAGUACUAUGAUAAGGAAGCCCCAAAUGUGGCAUCCUCUGAAAAUGCCCCUGGCACUCGAACAGUGGAAAGCAUCCGUCAGUUUGUGCCUGAGAGUGUGGCGGGACAGGACAGAGACACAGUCAGCGGGAGCUCUGUCAGUAGCUCAGCUAGCCAUUACACUGAAAGUCUGGGCAGCGGUGAAACGGGUGGCCCCUCUGCCGUGAAGCAGACCUUUCAGCAACCCAUGUCCCAGAUGCAACCCCAAGACUUAGUUCAUGUGCAUCUUAAAACAAAUGCAGUAGCUCCGAUGUCGGCUGCAGCAAACAUUCAGCAGCAACCGCCUGCAUCUAUCGGAGGAUUGCAGACCACGAUUGUUCAGUCGUCUGCACCUCUGCCCUCUCAUAUGCCCAAACUGACAUAUGCCCAAGCAGCCCAAUCCCCUCCUGCUCAAGCUCUGCCUGUGGUUACCCAGCAGCAGAUGGGCUAUCCGCCCGCACAGCAGCCAGCUGCACCAGCCCAGGUAGCACCAACACAUGUUAACCCCUUAAGCCAGGGAGGCAGCCUGCCAUCUGACUUCUCCCAAUCCAAGCAGAUCCUGAGCACUUUGCCACCUGGGUCAACAAAAACACUGCCCCACCUGUCUGCCUCCAUCCCUCCUGUGGCUGUCGCUGGGAAUGGUCAGAUGAUUACACCCUCACCGCAGCCCAUGCAACCCCCUACUGCUCAGCCACUUCCGCAAGGGCUCCUGCAGCCACAACAGACACCCGCCUCGCAGAUGGUCCAGGUUGUGCCGCAGCUGGUGCAGUCCACCAGCUCCACUCUCAUACAGCAGACACCAGGCCAGCAGCUCACCUCACAACCCUCCAUGGAGCAGCAGUCACAGCUCGGCAGUCAAGCCCGCGGCAGCCAGUUCGUCCCAGCCGUGACCUCAUCAAGCGUACCUCCUAACAUUCAAAGUGAUCCCCAGUCCAGUUUGUUUCAGAACGGCUCAAAGGAGAGUGGGCCGCAACCUGCUGUUAGCACCCGGCCCUCUGUGAUGCCGCUGGAGGAUGCCCAGCUACUUCUGUUACAGCACCAGGCUCUGCUCGCGCAAACCAAGCCAGCCGGUGGUGAAAGUGCCUCCCUACCCGGCACCUCUCGUGGUCCAGAGGGAAGCAGUGGAGUCAAUGCCUUAUCCGCCUCGGCCAACCUGCUGAAGAGUUUACCUGUGGAUGGAGAGGAGGAUGGCUCUUCGGGUGCCAGUGUUGUGGCCAUAGACAACAAAAUUGAACAAGCCAUGGAUCUGGUGAAGAGUCACCUGAUGUACGCUGUUCGGGAGGAGGUGGAGGUGCUGAAGGAACAGAUUAAAGAACUGCUUGAGAGGAAUUCUCAGCUGGAGCAGGAAAACAACCUGCUGAAGAACCUGGCCAGCCCGGAGCAGCUAGCACAGUUUCAGGCGCAGGUGCAGAGUGGCUCGUCGCCUCCAUCGUCUGCGCAGGGAGCGCAGCAGCCACCUGCCCCGUCGGCCCAGCUCGCAGCACAAAACUCCGGCCCAUCGGCGUAGCACCCCACGAGGAACCUUGAGCUGCUCUGAAGCGUAUGAACAAACACGCCUCACUCACAUUGUUAGACUGACGAAAUUUGCACACCUUUCAAAACUUGACAAACCGAGGUGAUUUAUGCACCAAUGACAAUCCCCGUUGGCCCGAGGUGGGACAUUGCCAAAAUCCACGGAAUGUGAUUUGUGGAAGCGAACAAUCGGAGGAACGCGAUAUUAAGAAUCACUGUGCCUGUGUCUAAAGUCGUGUUGGUUUUCACUCAAGGCAGUUUUUCCAUGUCUCCCUUCCCUUUGUAGUGUACAAUGCUGACUGCGAUCUUUUUUAGACGGCAAGCUUCUAUAAAAGCAAGCACUUUUAUGGUGAUGAAUGUGACGAAAUUGAAAGAUCUGCCAAUCUGUGCCCCAGCUGGCAUGGGGAAGGCAGAUGCUUUGAGGACUUCCGUUGAUGUAAUCAUGAUACUUCUUUUUUGAAUGAAGAAAACGAGGAGGCGUGACGCGUUUAAUCCUCACUCGUUCUCUGUGCGGUGAGAAUGACGUAUUGCAAGGUGAACAGGCUGUAUAUUAUUGUAUGAUUAGUGUAAGUAUUUUGUAAAAUAGCGAUAUCAUGCGAAGCGAUUGCAAAGACACUAUAUAGGUUGUACAGAUUUAAGGGAUGGCGAGGUAGUUUGCUUAUCCAGGAGACUUCAAUCUUUUUUUUUUUUUUUAAAUGCUGUUAAGCAGGAUCAGUCUUACGAUACUUAUCUGAUAAAUGGAAGAACUACUCCUCUAACACUUACUGUACACUACUUUUUGGUCACUUGAGAUGAUUUUUUUGAAGUAUUACGCCCAUGUGAUUUGUUUUCAGUUUGGACAGUGAAGUAUUCUGGCUCAAUCCUCUCACUUACAGUUAUUCUCUUGACUAUCAUAUAGCUGACAUGGAUUUGCAUUGUGUACAACUUGUAUGCUUAUGUUCUGUGCAUGUUCUCGAACCAGGAGAUAAGUUGUAAUAUACUGUAAUUGCACUUGCCAGGUGAAAUUCACAACUCAAUAAAGUCAUGUUUGUGAAAGCU